AUGGCUCGUGCUGAUUUUGUCAAUGAGUAUAUGGCAGCACGUGAGAAGGUGUUCACAACAGAGAUCAUUUCGAAGGUGUGGAAGAACAGCGGAAUUCGGCCGUUUAAUCCCAGCAUUUUCACUGAUCGAGAUUUUGCCCCAAGCAUGGCUACAUCCACUGAAGCCAGUGUCCCUGCCUCCUACCCCAUACAUGAAUCAGACAGCAACUCGAGUACGGACUCAAGUACUAGUAGUGAUGACGAUGAGUCCGACAGUACAGAUGAUGAGAGCGAGGACGAGGCAUCUGACAGCAACUUUCCUCUGGUCAACUUGACUGGCACCUCCUUUGUGCUACCCACACAACAUACUAUAUCUACCCCUUCCCUUGACACUCCAUCAAACUCUUGCCUACAAUGGCCGCUACACAGCUGCAAUCAGCGCAAUAUGUCUCAAGACUCUGACAUCUCCAUUCUUCAAGACCAAGUGAGGGAGCUAGAAUCGCGGGUUCAUGCUGCAGAAUCACAGGUCUGCGCUGCAGAAGCACAUUGCACAAUGGUGUUAAGCGAGGUCGACACUAUGAAGAAAAAAUUACAUUCACGUGCUGGAAAGAAAAAGACUCGAGCUCUCAAUAUCAACACAUGCUGGUUAACAUCAGCUCAAGGACUCAAAGAAUGUGAGGAGCAGGAGACGGCAAAAGAGACAGCCCCUGAAGAAGAAGGAGGAAGCGAAGGAACGUGCAGCAGCCAGGAAGGCAGUGUGGGCAGCAUGACAGGCAGCGCAGGGCACUAG